AUGCCUGUGAGUGCGAUGAUGGUGGGGGCUUUGCUGGGUCUCGGUACCCAGAUGUACUCCAACGCUCUCCGCAAGCUCCCUUACAUGCGCCUUCCUCCUGAUGAUCCCCCUGAUGAUCCCUUGGAAGAAACAAAAAUUCUUAAUGGUGGAGGAAUGCAGGAUACGCUUGAUGAAAUAGCUUGUCUUCCUAAAUCAACCUCUGAGGAGUUCGUCUCAGCUUCUAUCAAGUCAAGCUUAGUGACAAGGUCACCGCCAAUGAAACAAGUUAUCAAUCUUGACACAAAACUUGGUUCAUCUGCGGUUAUUGUUGUUCAUGAAGAGGAUUGCUCAGUAUCAGAAUCUACGGGUGGAGACAAUGAGCAGUCCGAGCGUCCUUUUCUUCUGGUCUCCAACCGGAAGGGUAGCCGUAAGGCUGCAAAAGCUUAA